UUGACAUCAUAUUUCUGUCAAACUCUUUUUCCUAUCUGUCAAAUUUUCAAGUUGAACGUAAACCAAAAUUAAUAAAAAAAAUAGAUAAUUAUAUCCAUGUAUAGCUCCUCAAAAAUGGCCGAAAGAAAACGCCAGAACAUCACCGUUCCAGUACAGAUGACGGAAUUGUCGAUUUUCGACAACGCAUUCGCCCUAAUGAAGGAGAAAUUCGCUGAUGAAAUGAGGAAAAUUGAAGAAGAAAUGAACAAAUUCAGCAAAGACCUUCUCAGUCUAACGGGCCAGAACUCGACCCUGCAAGCGGGACCUCUGGCGAAGAAUAACAAGUACAUCCCGUACCCAAUCACCGACCUGGACCCUCUUGCCAACUCCCCCCUGGUCCAGGGGGAGGGGGAGAGAAAGGAGCUAAAGCUGCAGUUUGAUGUUAGCCAGUUUGAUCCUUCUGAAGUUAAAGUAGAAAUCCUCGACGAUAAGCUGAUAGUGUCAGCAACUCACGAGGAGAAGACAGACAACAGCCUCAACUUCAGGGAGUAUAACCGGGAAUUCCAGCUGCCAGCCGGGAUCGAUCCAGAGGAUAUAGAGUCUGGUCUCUCGCGGGAUGGGGUGCUGACAGUCCACGUGCCCUUGCCGAGGCCCAAGAACAUCAUGGUGGAGGAAAACGAUUCGAUGCAGAGGUUUCCCCCGCUAUAAAAUAUUACAAUUUGACAGAAAUUUAUGAUACAUUUUUUAGAAUAUAUUAAAAUGUCUC